CUUACAGCUGCCUGCCUAUAUACCUUCCCUCUCCCCCAGCACCGAAAAGAAGAAAAUGAACUUGUAGGAAAAUUCUUUGCUCCCUCUUCUCUCUGCUUCCCACCUCUUCUUUCUAGAGGAAGCCCCCAGUACAAAAAAAGCAUCUCCUCUAGCUGCCUCCACCGCAUUGUGCUUCUUGUAACUAUUAUCCAUCAUAGCUGUUCAUCGAUCCUCCACUGCCCGCCCCUUUUCCCAGUCGGUGGAAUAGGUUCAUGGAUCUGCUGCUUGCUUCAUUCCUCAAAUGGGUUUCAUUCUUUUCCUAGUUUUGGGAUCUGGGUUGUGAAGAGUUCACGUUUUCCUUCUUGGGGGUUUCUGGGUACUGCUCGGUUUUUUUAAAUUUAUUUCUUGAAUUGGUUAAAAAAGGACUGUGAGUGAGUGAGCAAGUAGGGAAGUAGAAAGAGGGGGGGAAAAGCCCAGAAAAUGGCUCCAAGGCUAGAUUUUUCGGUGCUGAUGGGGAAGGAGAGCAAGAGGGGAGGAGGAACUCCGGUGGUGGUGAAAAUGGAGAACCCAAACUACUCGCUGGUUGAAAUCGACGGCCCGGAUGCUGCAUUCGGGCCGGGGGAUAAGAGCAGAGGCAAAAACGCGAAGCAGGUCAAAUGGGUUUUGCUUCUGAAAGCUCACCGCGCCGUCGGCUGCGUGGCCUGGCUCGCCGGUCUGUUCUGGGCAUUGCUUGGAACCAUAAAGAAGCGCCUCUUCUUCAGGGAAGGAGUCACGGUGGCAACUGAGAAGCUCGGGAAAGGGAAGUUGGUCCUUCGAGUUAUCAGGGUUUUCUUAGUCACUUCGCUUGUGAUUUUGGGGUUUGAAGUUGCUGCGUACCUGAAAGGCUGGCAUUAUCUCGAGGCUUCUGCUGCUGCAGAAUAUCUUCAUCGGAUUCCAAUGGCUGCUCCCAAUUUGCUUCACAUGUUCUAUGUUGCCUGGCUCAAUUUCCGUGCUGAUUACAUCGCUCCCACCAUUAUGGGUCUCUCCAAUUUCUGCGUUGCGCUGUUCCUUGUGCAGUCUGUGGACCGCUUGGUGCUCUGUGUAGGUUGUUUGUGGAUUAAGUUUAGGGGGAUUAAGCCAGAGAUUCGAGGAGGAGAUCCCUUCAAGUCUCCAGAUAUUGAGGCCUUGGAUUAUAAAUGCCCCAUGGUUCUUGUUCAAAUUCCAAUGUGUAACGAGAGAGAGGUGUAUGAUCAGUCGAUCUCUGCAGUUUGCCAGCUUGAUUGGCCGAAAGACAGGAUCUUGAUCCAAGUUCUCGAUGAUUCGAGUGAAGAGGAAAUCCAGUGGUUAAUUAGAGGCGAGGUUGAUAAAUGGAGACAAAAGGGGGUCAACAUUAUCUAUAGGCAUAGGUUGCUUAGAACUGGUUACAAGGCUGGGAACCUCAAUUCAGCAAUGGGCUGUGAUUAUGUUAAGGAUUAUGAGUUUGUUGCAAUUUUCGAUGCUGACUUCCAGCCUAAUCCCGACUACCUCAAGCUGACUGUGCCACAUUUUAAGGACAAUCCUGAACUGGGGCUGGUUCAGGCGAGAUGGUCAUUUGUGAACAAGGAUGAAAAUUUGCUGACUCGUUUACAGAACAUCAAUCUGUGUUUCCACUUCGAGGUUGAACAGCAAGUUAAUGGUGUCUUCAUGAAUUUCUUUGGCUUUAAUGGAACUGCUGGGGUUUGGAGAAUCAAGGCCCUCGAGGAAUCAGGUGGAUGGCUCGAGAGAACAACCGUCGAGGACAUGGACAUUGCUGUUCGUGCUCAUCUCAAUGGCUGGAAAUUCAUCUUCCUGAACGAUGUCAAGGUUCUCUGUGAACUUCCUGAGUCCUAUGAAGCAUAUAGAAAACAGCAGCAUCGCUGGCAUUCCGGCCCAAUGCAGCUUUUCCGCUUGUGUCUUCCUGCAAUAAUAACAUCCAAGAUAGCAUUAUGGAAGAAGGCAAACUUGAUAUUCCUCUUCUUCCUACUGAGAAAACUAAUCCUGCCAUUCUAUUCCUUCACACUGUUCUGCAUAAUCCUCCCACUGACCAUGUUCGUCCCAGAAGCCGAACUUCCGCUGUGGGUCAUCUGUUAUGUCCCCAUCGUAAUGUCCUUCAUGAACAUUGUUCCAGCUCCCAAAUCUUUCCCUUUCAUCGUCCCGUACCUUCUCUUUGAAAACACAAUGUCCGUCACCAAGUUCAACGCGAUGGUCUCUGGGCUGUUCCAGUUGGGAAGCUCUUAUGAAUGGGUUGUUACAAAGAAGGCCGGCAGAUCAUCAGAAUCAGACCUACUGGCUGCCGCAGAGAGGGAAUCGAAGACCUCAACAAUUCAGCCACAGUUACAUAGAGGAUCUUCAGAGAGCGAGAUUGGGCAGUUGAGUUUACUGAAGGAGAAGGCAGAAGCAGCGCCUAAACCGAAAAAGAAAGUGAACAAACUAUACAGGAAGGAGUUGGCUCUGGCAUUCCUGCUGCUCACAGCUUCUGUCAGGAGCUUGCUGUCUGCUCAAGGUGUCCAUUUCUACUUCCUUCUCUUCCAAGGUGUGACAUUUCUCUUGGUGGGUUUGGAUCUCAUAGGAGAGCAAAUGAGCUGAGAGAAGCUUUAGAAGGUGCAUGCAUACAAGGCAACCCGUUUUCCCCCUACUCUCUGCAGGUUCAUCACCUUGUUGCUGCUGGCUGCAACAAAAGGAAGUAACUUCCUCUCGUUCCUUUUAACCUGGAUAAAUGUGAAUUUCAGUCUCCCCCACAUUUAGUUCAAGACAGUUUAGGAUUCAUUUGAUUCUUUUUCCCCUCUCCACCGAUUUCCUCGUAUGAACACUACACCUUUUUAGUUUUCUGUUGUUGUUGUUGUUGUUGUUGGCUGCCACAGACACAGUGGUGGUUCUAGUGAAGUUCAGAUUCAAGUAAAAGAUUUGGUGGGGGAGCUGGAAAGACCAGAAGAAACUGUUAAAAGGAGUUAGGUCCAAAGUUAUGAGAUUGCUUUCCUUUAUUCCUCUAAUGUUGAGGGAGAUGAUACAAAAACUUCCUUAGAUAGCACUUUGUGAUGUAAAUUCGAAAUUCUUCAACAUCUUUGUUUGGUUAAUUACUUCAUAUAAUAUCAAAUUAGUCGUAUACAUCUCUCAUCUCUUUUAUCUGUAUUAUCUCUGUGUAUGCUCUUUCAUUUCCUCCGUAACAACCAUGAAUGUGAUUUGAUUUUCUACAUGCUCUCCAACUUCCCCAUCAUUUCCUCGUGAGGAACACAUGGGCAACUCCAUGGAUGAUUAGACACUUGCAGAAACAAGUCAGCUUCAUGGAUUUAAGACCAGCUUAAAGAAACAGAACGUGGGAGGAGAAAAAGAAAGGACACGAGUGAAGUGAAGUGUCGGCAGUAACAGCUGGGGAAG